AUGUACAACGUGGGGUAUAUUCAAGGAAACUAUGGAGCCAAAGAGUUAUCUUCCAGCCAGAGGGUGAUGUGUUGUACAGAGUUAUGGCACUGCGGGCUGCAGCAGCCGGUUGGAGAAGGAGCUCCGUGUGACUGUCCAGCUGCCAGUGGAGAGGGUGGGUUAUCCAUGAUGGGACAACCAGCUGUUUCAGUGGUCCACCGAGCAGAAUCAAAGGGGUCCACCUGGAUGCCGAUGACAGACCCAGCUUUUCCUGAUCAGUUUAUUGACCUGCUGCGUCCAACUGUUGAUCCUCCAGCUUCAGCCAUUUUCUACGUGCACUCCCAGAUGAUGGAAAAUGCUUUGGACACCUUGAAGACAGCUUUUCCUCACCCUGAGCCUCUCAGCCCAACGGAGGACCUUGAGGGAGAUUCUGAUGGGAAAACAAUGGAGAGUAGAAAGUACAGCAGGAGGCAUAUGUUCCCAAGCAAAAUUUCACCAGUUCUCAAUAUACCUGACCUGCACCCUAAAGUGUCGUACUGCUUUAGUGAAGGCAGCGCUGUCCUCAAUGGUAUGUCCCUGUCUGGCCUGGAGAACUUUGUCCAAGAGCAGGAGAGACUUUUAUGUGGUUUGAAUGGCAAAGAGGUAGCCAGACUGAAAUGUGAGAAGCCCGGCAAAGACAGAAAGACUUCUUGGAAAACUCAUGGCACAGACACGGCUGUGGCAGACGUUGCUUUGAACAUUUUGUGUCUGCUGAUGAAGGAUCAGUGGAGCUGGCUGUGUACUGAAAACAUACAGAAGACCAUCAGACUGCUGUUCGGCACCUUCAUUGAGAGAUGGUUGGAUGUCGGUGUUGCCCACCUCACCAGUGCCCCCUGUUGGGUCAUUUACCUACAAGUCCUGCAGGAAGCUGUUUGGCCCGGCGGCACGCUGCCUGCUCAACACUGGCCGGAUCGCAGUCCUGCAGAAAGAGAAGAAACCAAGGAGCAAUGUUUGGACUGUCUGAUGCAGCUGAUCCCAGAGCUCAUCACUGAUAUUCUGGGAAGUGAGAAGUACAGACUGAGCUUGGAGACCAUGCUGGAGUCUGUACAGGAUCAUCAGAUAAACAAGCAUCUGAUCUACUGCGUGUGCGACCUGCUGCUGGAGUUUCUGAUCCCAGAGUCGUGUGACGAGGCCUUUCAGGGGUCUCUGCUGCACAAAGACCCAGAGAGAGACCAUCCUCACAUAUGAUCAACACAGUGAUGGAUACCGUGCUCAACAUGUGUCUGAGGGUUAUGAUGUAUUCAGUAUGGCCUGCAGUCACUCGUCUGUGAGGGCACAUAAAGAUGAGAACUGUGUGAUUAUUUCUGGAACACCCGAAGGGGACACAUCAGAUAGAUACAGUUGGGUGAUACACUCAGCAUAACCCAAUCAAUCAUUAACUAGUGUUCCUAUGUGUCAUUGGCUCAUGGGAUCUAUGCAAACAGUGUGCAUUUGUAUGAAUAAAUAGGCAAUAAAUAUACCUACAGGCAAAACAGUCUUACUUUUGUUUCACAUUUUGAAUAGACUCUUUUGAUCGUGAGCAGCUUUUGAAAAACACUGACUUCUUCCCAGACAUCCGACCUUUGAUGAGUCUAUAAAAGUGUAAAGAUUAACACCUCAAUGCAUGACUUAAGAAACCACAGUGAACCAUGUUCCUUAUGUAUCUGACUUAAAUGGGAGAUUUAAAAGAAAAGAGGAAACAAAUCCCCAGCAUCUUCAGUAUAAUGUGUUUGUACAGGAUGGACGCACACAACAUUUCCAAGCCAAUAUUUCUAUGAUAACAUUUUCAAUUAUUUAAAAUUCAAAUGAAAGCAUUUUUCCCAAAUAUACAAAGUCAAAUUGUAUUCCUCUGUCAUGCUGAAUUAGGCAGAGCCAAAUAAAUAUGGAUAUUUUGUGUAUUUUUCUAACUUUUGUGAGUGCAAUUUUGUUUUUCCUGAAGAUGUCUGUCUUGUCAUAUUGUUCCCUUAUCCCAAUGGAAAAAUAUGUAUAGUCUUUCCCAUCAGAAUUAGUUUGGUCUUUUAUAUCUAGUUUCUAU